AUGUUGGCGACCUCUACGACUUCACACAAUCUCAUCAAGGGGAAAUCUGAAAAUACAAGUCCAUCAGCUACUUUCGUGGAGGAUUCUGCUCAGCAAUCAGGAAGACCUGGUACCCUGGAGUCGCAACAGAAGAAAUUGCAGACGUGGAAUGAAUCCAACAUUCUAGCCACCCACCACCUAUCCUACAAACACUAUGAUUUGAUGAAGAUGAAUGAGCCCAGAAAUCCCUACGUUAACGUGCCACAUGAUGAGGAAGUUACAGUGAGUGAAAUAAAAGGAAAGGAAGCCAUGGGCAUCUUUGCGAGGAAACCUGCCGCCGCUGAUACCUUUGGGCUCAGCUGUCAGGUGGAGGAGCAAGGAAGCAGCGUGGGUCACAGCAGCAAAUUUCUCCUGGAUAAGGAAGAAUGA